UCACGCGUAACCCCUCCCAAAGCCCGGCAGCAGCAGCAGCAGGCCAGGCCAGGGCAGCGGCUCCCCAUCUCCACCACCUCCGCCCCCGCCGCCGCAUCCGGGUCCGUUCGAGAUGGGGCAGGAGGCGCACCACCACCACGCGCUCCCCACGUCCGCCGCCGCCGCGGACGCCGCCGGCGCCGGCGCCUCCCCGGCGGCCUCCAGGCUCUUCACGGCGGGGCUGGUGGCGGCGUGGUACGCCUCCAACAUCGGCGUGCUCCUCCUCAACAAGUACCUCCUCUCCGUCUACGGCUUCCGCUUCCCCGUCUUCCUCACCGCCUGCCACAUGUCCGCCUGCGCGCUCCUCUCCACCCUCGCCCACGCCGCGGGCCCUUCCUCCUCCACCUCCACCUCCCGCCGCCGCUCCCGGGGCCAGCUCGCCAGGGUCGCCGUGCUCGGCGCCGUCUUCUGCGCGUCCGUCGUCGCCGGGAACGUCUCCCUCCGCUACCUCCCCGUCUCCUUCAACCAGGCCGUCGGCGCCACCACGCCCUUCUUCACCGCCGUCCUCGCCUACGCCGUCGCCGCGCGCCGGGAGGCCUGCGCCACGUACGGCGCGCUCGUCCCCGUCGUCGCCGGCGUCGUCAUCGCCACGGGGGGCGAGCCGAGCUUCCACCUCUUCGGUUUCAUCAUGUGCGUCGGAGCCACGGCCGGGAGGGCGCUCAAGACCGUGCUGCAGGGGAUCUUGCUAUCAUCAGAAGAUGAGAAGAUGAACUCCAUGGACCUCCUCCGUUACAUGGCUCCGGUGGCCGUCCUCCUGCUGGUUCCGGCGACAUUGAUCAUGGAACGUGAGGCAUUUGGCGUGGUGGCCACCCUCGCACGGGAGGACCCCAAUUUCAUCUGGAUCCUGCUCUGCAACUCCUCCAUGGCCUACUUUGUGAACCUGACCAACUUCCUGGUCACCAAGCACACCAGCCCACUCACUCUUCAGGUUCUUGGGAAUGCGAAGGGUGCUGUCGCUGUGGUGGUCUCCAUCCUGAUAUUCAGGAACCCGGUAACAUUCGUGGGGAUGCUAGGCUACGGGAUUACAGUCGCAGGUGUUGUUUUGUAUGGCGAGGCCAAGAAAAGGAGCAAGUGAGCUCAAGCAAACAAGCUACCUCCUGUGUUUCAGUCUUUGAGCUCAUGCUAUACAUCUUUCGCUGGUGCCCUGAGUUAGCGCUGAUCGAACCAUAGCGAUGGUAUGACUAAGACAACCGCAUUUUUGCAUGCUCCAGAAUUGCAAUCCGAGCUGCUAAACAGUAGGAAACUGGUAUGUUGUUAGCUUGGCAUUUGGCUCAUGUCAUUGGAGAUGUAUUUAUCCUUGUAACAGUGUUUAUGUACAAUCCAGAUGUACAACCAGUGAACUCGCUGUUUUGUACAGCUUAUUGGUGCUAACCGGAGAGAUUACAGAUAUCUUGAAUCUUGAUGAACA